CCCAGCGCCGGUCGCGAUCGCCCUUCGCCUUUAAACUCACCUCUUCCUUCGCCGACCUAAUACCCAGUUUCCCCCCUUCCCCUCCCUCACGAUCCCCGCGCCGCGACAGGCCUCCCCAUUCCAGUUACAGCGCGGCUACGCCUCAGCCAACGGAUCCCGCGUCGUCGAGUCCCCAGCCGCACUCCAGGCCGCGCCGUCCGGGCUGCCGCGAGCUUCCGCCGACGCCCCACGCCGUCGACGAGCCUCUCCCAGUCGUCCCAAGCCGCCACGAGCCUCCCUCGCCAUAGCGCUCCUCUGCUGCUGUCCCCGCAGCGACGAGCUUCCGCCGACGCCCAGCACCUGUCUUGCUCGGUCCCGCCGACGCCACGCCUCCUGCCGCGUACAAGCUCACAUUCCUACAUCUACGGAAAUGCAUCCCCAUCUAACCCUACACAGGCAUCCUAUGUGUGCUGAGAUUAUCGAAGAAUUCCAGAAGUGCCAUGUGGAUCACCCCAUCAAAAAAUUCUUUGGUGAAUGCACAGAUCUUAAGAUUAAGCUUGAUCGGUGCUUCCGGCAGGAGAAAGCUGUGAAGAGAAAGGCAAACUUUGAAGAGAGCAAGAAAUUUAAAGAAAGGUUGCAGGCUUAUAAAAAGGAAAUGGCUGAGAAAGAAAAUGAAUCAUAGCUUCGAACGGAGGACAAGGACAUUCACUGAAUGCUAUUUUGCUGCAAUCCUGUGCUUCAACUUUGUGAAACGAAGUUCCGGACUUGUCUUUACUUCAUGUUUACAUCACAUAUCUACCGUUAUAAGAUUACAGCUGAGGUCAUAUAAUCUAUUUAGAAGUUCAAAUUUCCCUCUCUGGCUGUUGCUAUUCAUGGUUAGUCUAUUCCCAUCAUAUAUAUAGACAAUAAAUCUUGCUCCAAGUUGGUGUUGUACUGUAAAAACUACUAUAUGAAAUCUUUUUUUUACUUCUUGAAACUUCUGUAUGAAAUCUUCACAACUAUGAAAUGAGUGGCAAGUAAAUCCAGUAUGUUUUCUGGUACUUUGCUUCUGGAAUUAACUUA